AUGGUGGAACCAACAUGGAUAGAAAUUAACGAAAUAAAAGGUUUUAUAACGUUUCUAGCGAGUAUCGAUUGGUACGAUCCAUGGUUGAUAGGAUUAAUAGCAUUUCACGUAUGCAUCACUUCGACCGCACUGCUCACCAGAAAUUAUGGAAACUUUCAGGUGUUCCUAUUUUUCGUCCUCUUGCUAUUGGUGUACUUUUCCGAAAGCAUUAACGAGUACGCGGCAAUCAAUUGGAGGAUUUUUUCCAAACAACAGUACUUCGACGAUAAGGGUUUAUUCAUAUCGGUUGUGUUUUCCGUGCCAAUACUUCUAAACUGCAUGCUCAUGGUGGGAAGUUGGCUGUACCAGUCGACACAGAUCAUGUCCAAGUUAAAAACUGCUCAGCUUAAGCAACAGAUCCGACAAUCCAACAGCAGGCAACGAUUAAAGGAUGAAAAGGAGGAGUGA